GGCAGCAAACAAUAUUUAAGAUGCUGAGUUUGUCGAGCAUUCAGUCUUGGGAAGGAAAGCUAUAGGAUACCCAAUUAAGCUGCACUUUCAGAAACUCAAGUUUUGAGAAAGGCUAAGAAAGAGCAAGGAGAGAGGAACAACAAAGUGGUAAGUCCACCAAGAGCAAAAGGGCUAGGUUCUAAUUUGCCGCAGCUUUGCAUACCUCAGCUGGGCACAGCCAGAUUUCCCCAGAGGAACAGCCUUCCUCAACCAGGCCCACGAAAGAUGCUGAAAGAGACUCUCUCGGCCGUGGCCUGGCUCUGCAUUUUCACUGUGGCCUUUGUCAGCCACCCAGUGUGGCCACAGAAGCCCCCUAAGCGCAAGACACCUGCAGAGCUCACCGUGGCCGGCUGCUGUGAGGAGGCGAAGGAGCUCAAGGCCCAAAUUGCCAACCUAAGCAGCCUGCUGAGCGACCUGAGCAGGAAGCAGGAAAGGGACUGGGUCAGCGUGGUCAUGCAGGUGAUGGAGCUGGAGAGCAAUUCCAAGCGCAUGGAGUCGCGGCUCACAGAGGCCGAGAGCAAGUACUCCGAGAUGAACAAUCAGAUCGGCAUCAUGCAGCUGCAGGCAGCGCAGACUGUCACCCAGACCUUGGCAGAUGCCAUCUAUGACUGCUCGUCUCUCUACCAGAAGAACUACCGCAUCUCUGGAGUGUACAAGCUUCCUCCCGAUGACUUCCUGGGCAGCCCUGAGCUGGAGGUGUUCUGUGACAUGGAGACUUCAGGUGGUGGCUGGACCACCAUUCAGAGGAGAAAGAGCGGCCUCGUCUCCUUCUUCCGGGACUGGAAGCAGUACCAGCAGGGCUUCGGCAGCAUCCACGGGGACUUCUGGCUGGGCAACGACCACAUCCACCGGCUCUCCAGGCGGCCAACCCGGCUACGCGUGGAGAUGGAGGACUGGGAGGGCAACAUGCGCUACGCUGAGUACAGCCACUUUGUUUUGGGCAAUGAACGGAACAGCUACCGCCUCUUCCUGGGGAACUACAGCGGCAACGUGGGGAACGAUGCCCUGGUCUAUCACAACAACACAGCCUUCAGCACCAAGGACAAGGACAAUGACAACUGCUUAGACAAGUGCGCCCAGCUCCGGAAAGGUGGAUAUUGGUACAACUGCUGCACAGACUCCAACCUCAACGGCGUUUACUACCGCCUCGGGGAGCACAAUAGGCACCUGGACGGCAUCACCUGGUACGGCUGGCACGGCUCUAGCUACUCCCUCAAACGAGUGGAGAUGAAAAUCCGCCCAGAAGACUUCCAGCCAUGAAAAGAAGCCUGCUCUGGAGCAGGGCUGGAGAAACGGAGACAGACGGAGGCUGGGAAAAGGCAGAGGAGGAGAGGAAGGGAGUAUAGAAAGGGCAGGGACAGAAAAUGGCCUAUCAUCUUCAGUGAGAGAGUAAGUCUCUUAGGAGAACAAAAAAAACUAGGUACUGAGGACGUUACAGUAAACGGGAGGAAGUAUUUAAACACAAUGGGUCCAGACACAUACUUCUCAGGGGGCUGGCCUGAGUGGGCUGUCUGCCUGUGAUCCCUGACAUAGCAGCAGCUUCUUUUCCACAGGAUUUUUCUGUGAAAGAAAAAUAAUUGUGAGCUCACUUUAACCAUUUUCCUUAAGGCCUAGCUUAUGUGAGGGCAGAAAAUAAAUCCCUUUGCUAAAAAGGACCAGAUUAUUUUGAUUCUCUUGGGUGUUAGAGAAAGGAGUGAAGAGGGUGGUGGAGGAGAGGAGUUUCUGCUUUUAAAUCCAAUGAAAUUAUCUUCAGUCUACACAAUUUUUUUUUAAAGACAAACAUUUUUCUGCUGGAGGUGAACGGACCCAGGCUGGAAUUGACUGGAGGAAACUCCAGGGCUCUGGGCCUUGCAAUUGGCCUCUGAGCACCUCCCCUGCUCGGCCUCGAUCAGGGCCCAGCACUGAGAGGCAGGAAGUGGGUCCAGAGGUGGCAGGAGCUCCAGCGGGAGGGGAAGAUAAGUCCCUGUGGACGCUUGCAAAAAAACUGCCUUAAAAUAUUCACAGUCAAUACAGAUAAUGUCUAUUUUUAUUUACUUUGUAAGAAAAGGGCUCAAAGAGCUUCCUCUUUUAUCUCAUCUAUAAAAAAUGGCUGAAGCAGGAAGGUAAAUGGCACUAUGGUUAAGAAAU